GUCAGGACGCACGGUCAUGCACUGUCUCGCGCUCUGACCCGGAGCUCACGCGCGUGGUUUCCUCCAGUUUCUCGCGGUGGUAUGAAUAACAGUAGUAGUAAUAGUAAUCAUUAUUAUAAUGAAUAAUAAAUAGUUUCUCCUGCGGCGGACAUGCGCGGAGCAAACGGAGCAAAAAUAAAAGAAGCUGCGGACAGAAGGAGGAGAAUGUCGGUAAUCCGUUAGACACGGAAUGCAAAGAAAGAGGAGCGCGUGCAGACAAGUGGCGCAGAAAUGCAGCGGUGUGACAUGUUCUUUGUGGUCCUAGAAUGAAAAAUAGUGUUCUAUGACAAAGACUUGAUUGAUGCAUUGUGUGUCAUCUCCACCCGAGAAACUCCGGACGCACUGAUUUGCCAGAAAUAAUCAAAUACAAUUCAAAAGAAAUUACAGAAAGAAAAACCAAAUCCAGGAACGAUGCUGAACACACACAAUUUAUGGAUUGCAUGGCUCGCGCUCUUGUGCAUGGAAGUGUGUGUGCGCUCGCUGGAGGUGACGGUCAGCCAGAGCAGCGUGCAGGUGGCCAGAGGCCAAGCGGCCAUCUUGCCCUGCACUUUCACCACCAGCGCCGCCCUCAACAAUUUGUACAUCAUCUGGAUGGUGACGCCGCUGGCCAACGCCAACCAACCUGAGCAGGUGAUUAUUUAUCAGGGCGGUCAGGUCUUCAGCCUUGCUAACCGUAUGAACAAUCGUGUGGGUUUUGUGGCCACGAUGCCCAGCACCAGUGCCUCCAUCUUCAUCAACAACACACAGUUGGCGGACACGGGGACGUACCAGUGCCUCGUCAACAACCUGCCCGACCGCGGGGGGCGCAACAUCGGCGUCAUCGGCCUCACCGUGCUCGUCCCUCCAUCUUUACCCGUGUGUCGUAUUCAGGGUUCUCUCGACGUCGGCAGUGAUGUCACGCUGCUCUGUGGUUCCGAAGAGGGAAUUCCGACGCCAACGUACUCAUGGGAGAAACUCGACUCCGUGCCCAAACUCCCUCUCGGUGCCAUGCAUGAUCAGAUGCAGGGCACGGUGAGUCUGAAGAACAUCAGCGUGGGGACGUCGGGUGUGUACCAGUGCACCGCCUCCAACGCCAUCGGCACCAGCACGUGUCAACUCAACCUGCAGGUGGUGACACCUCAGCCCCAGAGCGUCGGUCUCAUCGCUGGAACCGUCGUCUCCGGUGUCCUCGCGGCGGUGAUUUUCGCCCUGCUGGUGAUCGUCACGCUUUUCUACUGGAGGAACAAAAACCGCUACGAAGACGACGACAUCCCCAAUGAAAUCAGAGAGGACGAUCUUCCUCCAAAGAGGUCUUCGUCGGUGAAGGCGUUCCAGGCGGACGCCUCGUCCUCGGAGAACGACACGCUCACCUCCACCAACACCUACAACAGCCGUUACUGGCACAACGCCAAAGCCAGCUACGACGCCAACUCCUACACUCGCUACGAUGGGCAAAGCUUCACAACUGGGGGCGGGACUGGUGGGGGAGUGGGCGGAGCCUACGCAAACGGUGGGCACACUCUCCCAGCUCCCAAGACUCUGGUGGUCACCGCCAAUUCUGCGCCCAUUGUGACGCGCAGCAACGGUUCGCUGAGUCAUCGAGCUCCACCAGCCACACCCCCACCUCCUUCUGGCUCCGCCCCCACACACGUGCCGAGCCGCACACAUUCGUACGCAGUGAGCCAGGCAGUGCUGGAGCGCAUGGGCGCCGUGCCCGUCAUGGUUCCCGCUCAGAGCAGGGCGGGUUCUCUGGUCUAACACCAACCCGAGAUGGACAAACUGAAUUUUUACAAUUCUUUAUACAAAUGAUGCCAUCUCUUUUUUUUUUUUUCCAUUAAUGAACUACUGAUUUUACUCUGUGAGGGGUUUUUUUUCUACAUUAGCAAAUUUGCAAUAAUAAUAAUAAUAAUAAUAAUAAUAAUAAUAAUAAUAAUAAUAAUAAUGGCUGUCUGGGAAUCAGGAGGACGGCGUACACAGCUUUGGGAACGUUUUGGGAGAACAUUUGGAAUGUGUCCUUGAUGACAUGCGUGUGCAUCUCGAUUGCACAAUAACGUCAAUUUUCAGCCGCCAUUUUUAAUUACAUUGACGCUUAGCUUGUUGACUCGGGCCACCUUUUCAGAUUUUGAAGCAAUAGUCAUAAAAUUUUACCGUAAAACACAACACUAAAACGAUGUCAUUAUAUUACCAGUAUAAACAAAAUGGAGUUCCAGAAAUCCACAUGUACAGCUGGGGGUGUAAAUAAGAGAUGUGAAACAAAAGGGGAUAAUAAACUUUUGAUUUUAGUUGCUUUUGAUUUACAAAGUAAUGUUUGCGGUUUUGUUUCUUUGUUUUUUAGUUGUUUUCUUUUUGUUUUGUUUUUGUUCGGACAAUAAGUUGUGACAAAAUACAAAAAGAAUCCGGCCAAAUUUGGACUAAUUAGAGGAAUCAUCGGCAUUUUAAACAUUUAGAAUAAUUAGCGUUUGUUUAAGCAUAAAGAUUACAAGGUUAAGGUUGGCGUUCGUACUUCGUAUUUCACAACAUCGAAACUCGACCGUUUGGCUCCUCGUUCGUUAAAAUGUGCCUGAAUUUGCAAGUUGGAAACGAUCGCUUCAUUGUCCAUUAUACUGCAAGCGGCAUUCUUCGAACCAAGGAUGUUUAUGUCAAAAUAUUUAUUAAUUUGACUUCCUCUUAAACUGUACUCUAGACACACCUGUUGUCGUCGAAUACUUCCUUUUUUUUACAAACUUUGGCUACUUAAAAAAAAUUGUAGUAUACGAUUUUCACAUAGUCGAGUUUUAAGUCAUAAAAGACUUUAAUGAGUCCAAGUGAAGCUAAAAAUCUUAAACAGUGUUACAUAACUUAAGGAUCUAAGUCAAAGUCCAAGAUUUUACAACUUUCACGCGUCCUGCGUACGGUCUCCGCAAAUUUAACGUAGCAAUAAAACUCGCCAUUUAUCACGUACACCAUUUUUCAUACAUAUUUUCAACCCCCCCGCCCCCAAAUUAAAACAGCGGAUGAAUCGUACGAAUCUGGAACGAUUGACGGUUUCCGUAGGUAUCUUUCGAUCUGUCGAUAUUAUAACGAA